AUGCGCACAGUGCAAUGCAAGCGUCCUAGCGAGCGAGAGAAGUUCAAGCUGGAGAGCCCCCGUGGGGACGAGCUUCCCCAGCGGGGCUUCGACCCAGGGGAGGACACGUACCAGGGCCCCCCCAAGGACGGCACUGGUGUGUCGGUGGACGUGGACGUCAAGAGCCAGCGCUUGCAGCUCCUGGCCCCCUUCGACAAGUGGGACGGCAAGGACCUAGAGGACAUGGUCAUCCUCAUCAAGGUGAAGGGCAAGUGCACCACCGACCACAUCAGUGCGGCCGGGCCGUGGCUCAAGUACAGGGGUCACCUGGACAACAUCUCUAACAACAUGUUCAUCGGGGCCAUCAGUGAGGAGAGUGGGGAAGCCAACAAGGUCCAGCACCGGCAGACUGGCGAGUGGGGCGGAGUGCCAGACACUGCACGGAAGUACAAGGCGGCCGGCGUCAAGUGGUGCGUGGUCGGCGACGAGAACUACGGCGAGGGCAGCAGCCGGGAACACGCGGCUCUGGAGCCCCGGCACUUGGGAGGCCGCGCCAUCAUCGUCAAGAGCUUCGCCAGGAUCCACGAAACGAACCUGAAGAAGCAGGGUCUGCUGCCGCUGACCUUCCAGAACCCCGCAGACUACGACAAGAUCAAGUCGGACGACAAGCUUUCCCUACUGGGGCUGAAGGACCUCGCACCCGGGAAGCCCGUCAAGUGCGAGAUCAAGCACAAGGACGGUUCUAAGGACAGCUUCCUGCUGAACCACACCAUGAACGCCACGCAGCUCGAGUGGUUCCGUGCCGGCAGCGCCCUCAACCGCAUGGCGGAGGUUAAGGUCAAGUAGAGGUCGAGUCUUCCACUACAACCGCAGCACUUUCAAAACGCAUCCAGGCUCUUUCCUCGUUCUCGUAGUUCCCCUAGCAAGCAGCAGCUUCGGCAACUGGGAAGCGCCGGACCACUCUACAUGGCCCAUUGUACCAUAAGAGAAGAGACAUAGUUCCCGCGUCCACGUUUCCCUCGACGCAGAAAAUAAUAAAUGAAAUGCGGCUACCGCCGAAGGAGCCACGUGUGUGA